CUUCGAUUAAGCAUAAACUUAGAUGUGUCGCCCCAUUCCAUUGCACCCGUUUCUACUCUCUUGACGUUGGCGGGGAUGAUCAGCAACGAUGGAGUUCGGGAUUAUUCACAGCAUUGAUUGACAUAUUGGAAUAGUUACUUCAAAAGCACGGUCCUUGAAGCAAGCAAGGAGCUAUACAUCCAUCCAUCCACCUUCGCUGUUCGGUGAAUAGUGGAUCAGACCUUGCUAUAUCUCCCAAUAAGUUCUUGAAACCAGCUACGUCACCGCCGGCGCCUAAAGGCAUCAAAAUACUUGCACGACCGGAGAUUGCCAUCCUCAUCGGAUAUCUCCCUUGCACAGCCACUGGGUUAAGCUCAAAAGUGGCGCUCGGUGAAGGGUCCAGCUAGCAUGGAUGAUGAGAGAUGUCCAUAUACCACCGAAAGAGACGCCUACCCUUAUUUUCUUGGGAACUCCAUAUGUCUAGGACCUCCCACGGAACGCAUAUCUUUACAGAAAUGACGCGCCUUGGAACGACGAUGACCUAACACCGAACAGGAGACGAGAUGCUGGAAAUCACAGAAGCUGAAAGCCGAAAAGCAAGCGGUCAAAAAGCACCGUCGGUUUUGCGAAAAAUGUCGGCAUAUCUAUGAGCUUCUGCCUCUCUACGUGUAUUGGCCUAGCUAGGACUGCCGUUUACAAUUCACAGCCGCACCUCUUCUCUCGGAACCGAGAACUCCCAGACCUGAAAUCGAGACGAAAAGUCUGCACAGUGGAGUCUUGGUGAUGCUGGCCAAACAAGCCCGAACCGAACUGGUAAAGCCAAUCACCCCAUCAUUGGGGCUUGCCAGACAAAAUCACUUCCUAGAUAAAAAGUAAACCUUUACCCGCCGAAUCGCGAAGUGGCUUAAUAGAAUGGGCUGCGCAGAAUGGCUCCUUGAGGACUCGCAAAAACAUUCCCGCUUUGAAACGCGACAGAGAUCCAGCCCAAAUAUACGGAGCUGGUGACGAUCUCGAUCCCACUCCGUCCAGCUUUCAGCACCUAUGUCCUCUGCAUGCAACUGGCUGAACGCUCUUACGAUGGGAUAUGGGCGCAGGGGUUGGCAGGAUGAGUCUGAAUUCUUUCAUUCUGCGUCAUGCUGCCAUUUCCUUUUUUGGGUCGAUGCUAUACUCACUCGCCAACCCGAACAUGUUAUCGAGGCGCAUUCACAUCUGUUAAAUAUACUACGGAAGCGAAACCUUUCCGUGGCGCCGAUGGACUUGGUCAUUAUCGCUUAAUAUUGCUUCUACAUGCGUAGAACUGAGGGACCUGCAGAGCGCAAUGGGAUUGCGCCCCGUUCGCUGGUGUAAUUCCUCAUUGAUAGCUGAAUGGUGGAGACAUAUCCGCCCUUUCACGAAAUAUGGAUAUUUUGUUGAACAGCUUUAUCCCAACGAAUCACUCCCGGUUGCGUCCUCUGUCAAGUUUUUAUCAAGGGGCCAGAAUUCACACUCAGCCACUUGGUCCCCCUUCCCCCCCCAACAUCCAUCCACACAUCGGGGUAGCACAUGGGCUAAAAUUGAAUCGCAAGUUACAACAUCGCUGUUGUUGGUUCAAUGCGAGACAAUUGUUCCUUGCCGUGAAAUAAUAUGAUCAACACAUCGCCAUGAGACCAGCCGUGUGAAUGUGAGUAUAGAGGACCUCUGGCGGGUGACGUGAAGCUUAUCCAGCUUAAGAAUUAGAGUGUGACUCACGAUACCAGGCGCUGCGCACCCCAGGGAAGCGAGGGAGAGCUGGCUGGGGCCUGCUACUACUUUGAGCUGUUUCUCUAAAUAGCCCGAGAACACAUGGGGGGGCAGAGAAACAGGCUCAAGGAGGCUUGGACGUGCUUUCUGCAAAGAUGGAGACUGUGGAUUGAGAAGUGGGGGGGGGGAGGGGUGGUGGUGGUAAAAAAUCUCCCCGGAAGGCCAUGGCAUGGACCCAAUCCAAUUGCCCUACGAAUAGGGCAAAGCAACAUAUCUACCUGGCAAUGUGUCAAUGAUCAAUAUACCAGAUUGGUUAUUCUGGUACCAUGCUCCCUCUUAUCGUCAUCACCCAAGGCAGCUUCUCAUAAGUAACCCCAGAAACAAUCAAACUAUGAAAACAGGGGAAUAUUUUAUGAAUAAAAUUGAACGCAAACCAAAUCCACGCCUGCCCUAGACGCCCGUGGUUUUUUGACCCGCAAGGUGAAGUUCAUAGCAAGUUUGAUUGGGCAGUUUGGUGAUGUGGCGAGUAGAUUGACGGGGGAACUAAGAAGAACUGAUCAUAUUUGAAGACACAGAAGAUUGAGCAGUAAUUCUGAAAACUGACAAUAUAACAAGAUACUUUAGUAUUCAGCCUCUUACUAGUAAUAUUAUAUGUAACACUGUGAAGCUUGAGCUCUUCUGAAUUGCACUCGGCACAACACUAUUCUCUUUUUAAAGGGCGCACGCACAUCAUGCUGUAUGUUAAUUUCCAUAAGUCUCCUACCGGCUUUCAUGGCAUCUAGAUUCUUGAGAAUAUGUAAGAUUCUGCUUUCAUAAUGAAGUGACAUAAACUAGAUAUUCAGCAGCUCUGAUUUGAUACUUGUCAGAGAAGUGGCAACAUCAUCACAGAGACCGUGUGAUCGCACGAGAUAAUAUGCUUGAUCUUCAGAUCAAC